UUUGAAAACCAACCACAGUUACAUCAGGGAGAGGCGAAGAUAUCUGCUGCUUUCACUUCCUCUUAUGGACAAAUAGAGAGAAGUAGUAGCCGAUGAAAGCGAAGAUGGUGAUUCCUUUUCGACCAACCGUUCUAUUGGUAUUGGCAGUGUCAGUCUUGCUGGUUUUUCCGAGGACUGCAGAGUGCGAUGAGCAGACGGUCACCGAAGGAUGUGGAGAGCGGGAUGAGUACUAUUCCCUCCGCCAUGUCUGCAAACUGGCUUGCGUUACAACGGAUGACUGCCAAGCUGCUGAACAGUGCCUGUGCGAUGGAAGAUGUGGACCAAGCUGCGUUGAUAUCAGUGAUACUUCAUCGUGUCCACUACCAAUAACCGUCCAUAACAAUGCCAUGGUAUGGCUGUCUCCUCCCCAGGGCGCCUCGGUGCCAGGGGGCUUCGAUACAACCGUACAUUUCAGUUGCAAUCCCGGGUAUGAAUUGAUCGGCCACGCGGAGUCAACCUGCACGUCGACUGGCCAGUGGUCGGAGGACUCACCCUACUGUAUAAGUCCUGACGUACAGGCUGAUUGCGUCGAACCUGCCGGACUUGAGAAUGGCGUAGUGGUGGUAGCGGAUAACCGGUCCGAGGCCCGGUACGACUGCCAGGAGGGUUACACUAUGACAGGCCGGUAUCCAAACAUCAGAUGCAUCCCCGGAGUGGGCUGGGAACCGCUGCAGAUUGAAUGCAUUAGAAUGAAGUGCAGCAGUCCCGGUACACCAAUCAACGGUAUCAUCAUGUCACUGGAUUUCCGAUAUGGUUCAACCGUCGCCUACAAGUGCCUUCCAUCUUUCGUCGUGAAUGGGCCUGCAAGCCUCACCUGCUUAUCCAAUGGCAACUGGGAUAACGAAGUACCGACGUGUGAAGUUUUGAGUUGCCCUUCGCCAGUAUUUCCCGGUGGCACAGUCUCGCUAUCAGACGAAAAGCUCCUCAUAGGAACCCAGGCGUCUUUCCAGUGUCCUGCGGGGUAUGAUCUGAAAGGCCCAGACUCGGUUGAGUGUCUGGAUGAUUUGACAUGGAGUAACGCUCCGCCGGACUGCGAAGUGGCAACAUGCAUUCGGCCUAACAUACAGACCAGUGGAUUAAGCAUCACAACUCCCAGGCUUGUCUUCAGCUCCGGUGAAAGUAUCACUUAUAGAUGUCUGAAGUGGAGAGAACAACUACACGGGGACCAUACCAGACAGUGUGGCAUAGGUGGCCGUUGGACGGGCAAAGAACCCAGCUGUCACGAGAUAUGCACUGCCCUCCGGUAUGGGAUUCCAGGAGGCGAAUGGGUCGAUUUGCCGUCAGAUGCUAAGUACAAUUGGAACGGUGGCCAAAGGAUCUAUUUCUGCAAUGAGUUCUUCCGUAUGGUCGGUACAAGUAUCUUCUUGUGCCAAAAUGGUGAAUGGAGCUCAAGUGAUUUCCCUCGAUGCGAAGAGGAUCGCAGCAGCAGCGGUCAGGCUUACCCGAUCAGAUCUCUCACCCACCCUAUCGUGAACGGCGUGCUGACGGUCAAACAGCGGGAAGCCGUAGUCACACUAGACUGCAGCUUUCCCACGUCCUCUGGGGAUCCAGUGUGGGAGAGGGACGGACAAAGGCCCUCCGGUCGGCAAGACGUCUCCGGGGAAGAUCAAACGACCCAUUACUGGUACCGGCUGAGUCUCUAUAACGUGGCACAGUCUGAUGCAGGAAUAUAUCAAUGCACAACCAAUGACCAACGGCAACAUAGCAGCACAGUCCGAAUAGAAGUCAUCACAACUUGCCCGGACCCUGGCUACCAGGAGGGGCGACAAACAAACCGCGAAACCACCGGCGGCGUUACGGCUGGCCGGAGGGGUUUCGUCAAGUUUACCUGUGACGAAGGCUACGACAUGAUUGGCGACUACGACCAGAUUGGAUGCAACAUUGACGGCAACUGGAACUAUAACCCGCCAGACUGUGUCAAACCGAACUGUCUGGAUUCAUUCCGAGAUGAUCCGGACUAUGGAUUCAGUGAAAGAGCUGUAUUAGAAGAUGGCACUGCUACUCAGACUUUCUAUUGCCCGGUCGGGUACCGCAUGCUGCAAGGUGGCGACACUGUGCUUGACGAACAUCUUAUCAUCACCUGCCAAGAUGGUGUAUGGGAUGGAACUACACCCUCCUGUGUGCAACGUGGCGACAUGAUAACGAUUACAACGAAUGCUGAGAUGGCGCAUCGUGACAUCACCGCAUAUGGUGGGAAUGUGGUGGAGAUUAACUGCACUCAGAUAGGACCACAGCCUCAACCACGGUGGUCCAUGUUGGUAGAUGAUGACAUCCUAGACUUGGCGGCGGAGAAUGUUGCGGGUGAUGUAGUUCUGCGUUUUCCAACGGUGAGCGUUGCCGACGCGGGAGAAUACGCGUGUAGCAACUUGGACAUGUCAUAUGCAGAGACAGUCAACCUGAAGGUCAUAGCCAGAUGCGCUGAUCCCCCCGUGAUUCCCCAUGUAAUCACGGACCAGUCAACGAGUCGUCUAGCAUACUACGUUGACGACGUAGUUGCUUUCGAUUGCGACGAGGGCUUCAUCUUACACGGUAGCAACUACAUCCAAUGCACCGACGAUGGCUGGAACGCAACAUUCCCAGAAUGUGUCGUAGGUGUCAACCUAGGUAUAUACAAAGAUGGGAAGUACCUCAUAUCUGGUUCCAAUGUGCUCAGCACUACGGGAGCUACCGUUAUAUUGGACUGUGGCUAUAAUGUAUCCAGUCAAGACGCCUCUGUGGAUGAUUUGAUUGGGUGGUGGAGAAUAACACCUAAUGGAGAAAGGAUAAGCAUGGCAACACACCAGCGUCUUUUGAACUACGACGAUUUGCAUCUACUGCGCUUAGUGCUUUCAGAUCUCACCACUGAUUUUACCAGCCCGUAUGUAUGCGGAACAAUUGCCCAGGAAGGGUCGGUCUGCACACUCUUUGUAACCGUUCCUUGUGGGACUCCUGCACCCCUCGCCAACGGAAAUGUCGUGCUAUCUAAUGGCACAAGCUACCUGUCGUUCGCUUCGUAUGAGUGUUUGGAACUCUACGCACUGAAUGGUGUCCGCCAGCGACAGUGUCAAGCUAAUGGGGACUGGAGCAACGAAGCACCGAUAUGUACAUUGGCAUACUGUCCGUCACUAGAUCUGCCAGUAGGAGCAAUCACUAGUCCCGAUGUGAACGGUAAGAUCAUUCCUAUCGGAGCCACAGUCAGCGUCAGGUGUGAAGACGGUAUGCUGCUCUCCGGAUCGACGGAAAUCGUGUGCAGGGAAAACGGCACGUUGUAUCUAGAGCAAGGGGCGCCAACCUGCACAGAUCCGUGCCUUGAUCAUGAAUGUCCACUUGGCUGGCGCUGUAGCCUGGUGGGUGAUGGACCGGGUUGCGUAAGUUGCCUGGACGAGUCCGACUGUCCCUUAUUGGGAGCUGACGAAGGCACAGUUUGUGGCACCGACGCACAGGACUACCCGAACGCCUGCGUGCUGGGAGUGACGGCAUGCAAGAACGGCGACUCGUCCCUUUCAAAAGCCUUCGAUGGCCCCUGUAUUCAAGGAAGCCUCUGUUAUGCUCUUCCUACAUUCAUGGGGCGGCGGUCCCCGUUAUGCCCACAACUCGAGAGGGUGUUCUACUACAACUCGGACCCAAAUGUCGUUAGCUGCACAGCCGUCAAUGGCGAUGAAUGCAUGCUGGAGGGAGGCUUCGAAUCCAUGGCCUACUGUGAAGGGAAUUGCUCAAGGAAUUUUUGCUACGAUCCACCAAGCGAGGUCGGCCCAUGUAAUCAACACCAGACGUACUGGACCUAUGACUCCAAUACGAAGCAGUGUCAGCCCUUCCUGUACGGGGGAUGCAGCGGUACCCGCGGCAACCAAAAUCGUUUCGAGACGCUGAAUGACUGUAUCCGCAGCUGCUCCCUUGGUGAGGUGUGCCAACCCUGUCCAUAUACAAUGACUGUGAGUAACGCCUGCUUCUACGGCAAACAUGCUAUGAUCAUUACGGUGACCAAAGCCGAACGCUUCGUGAGGAACGACUACAUUCGGCUGACGGUGGACGUGGAAGCCGUCCUGACGCCAGACCGGCCGGGCGAAGUGAACUUCGUCCGCGGUACAGACCAGUUCAUUUUCUGCGAAGGCAUCAAUCUACACUUGGACAGCCCAUGCGACCUCUGCCCGCGUCUCGUGCCUCUAGUUGACCAGUCCUAUAUCUUCAUGUCCUCAACUUACCGCGGGAACCACCUAAAACUUGACGAGCACAGCUAUGUGGCCGAGUGGACGGCUGAACUUGAGGAGGAUAUACAAGCGGCUGUUUCUUGUGCCGGCUGGGUGCAGAACCUCAAUGUCAUCCAGAAUUAACUCACUAUGAAUACACCAAGUUAGAUUUGGAGAGAAAACAGUCACAUCUGUACGAGCUCACUAUACAGUUACUAUAGUAAGGUGGGUCCAAAUUGGCUGUUGUCUAGUGCAAUCUGACUUGAGUGUUAUCAGAGUGUACCCAUAAUGACCCCGGGGCCAACUGGUGUUGAACAGAGUUGAUAGAUGGGCAAAAAACUGUGACGUUAGCAUAUCCCACACAGGCUGACAUGUAACUUGGUUUGAAGUCCUAAAACCCACGAAUAUGUGAACGAGUUUUCACACUCGCAUCUUAAAAUGAAUACUUUCUUCCGGCGAUCGUUUUCUCUCCACAUUUUCCUUCAGGCUGAAUUGAGAGCCACAAUGUACUGGCUGAUUUCAAAGGAAUCCUUGGUUUCAUAAGGCCACGUAAACAAAAACAUCUUCAGCGUCCCGCCCGCUUCCUUUUUGGAGGCCGCCUACUUUUCUUUAACCGAAAAAAUGAUAAAUUUUAAACAGUAACAUAAUUUUGGCCAGGUUGUCCGUUGCAUCUAGCCCGUAUAAAGCUAGUAUGGCAUGAGUCCAAGUGGCGGCCAUUUAAAAAAAAUGGCGGCCAUCUUGAAGAAUUGCCCGGUCGGGCGGCUAUUUUGGAGAGAAAAAAGGGCUUCUUUAUUUUUUUCAAAAAGGUAAGACGUUGAACAUGUUUUUUUCUUGGCCUUAUAUAUACGCUUGCCUGAUCUGCCAGCCUGAUCACCAUGUUUCAAUAGGUCAACAUAAAACUAACGAUUCUGGUUUAAAGUCCAAAUGAUACCCUGUCCAAUAAUUCUUGGUAGUUUUAUGCUGUUGGCCCUUGAACGGAAACGACUUGAACAACCCUCAUGAUUAGCUUCUAUACCAUGUUAAAUUUAAGUUUGCACUAUUGAUCUACUGAUGCACUGAGGCUUAGGCUUAAUGUAAGAUGCAAAACGCACCACAGUUCCAUGGGCAGCUUGUAGGGGCCUACAAAACCCCUCAUUCGAAGCCUUCGUCUAAUUAUUCUGAAAGAUUCGAUUUAUUAUAUAGAGCACUAGAAGUAAUUAUGAUAGGUCAGACACCGCACAAUUGGGUGUCUGAAUAUUAAAAGUUCUUUUAAGGGUAUUGGUUUUUUUUUACAUUUUAGCAGCAUCAAGACAAAAAAAGUGAAUAGUCAUUAAUAGGGAAAUGCAAAAAAUACAUCAGAAACUGUCCGAUGCUGGGCAUCCUCGUAUAUACAAAAAUAUGUAGUAGGCUACGCUAUGGCGUUUUGGACUCAACUUUUCUAAAAACAUGAGAAAAAAAUAUAAAAUUAGAAAAAAAAAUAA